CGAUAAAUUGACGAUUAUCUUUUAAAGAAAAAAAUGUAUUAGAUAUGAAGGAACAUUAUUCUUUCAUAGGAUCGUCUAAUAAACAUCAAUCAAGAAUAAAAUUAAAAACAUAUAAUACAGUAGAAGAUGUUCUUUAUUUAAUUCAAAAAAGUCAACGUAUUUUGGUUAUUACAGGAGCUGGCAUAAGUACUUCAUUAGGAAUACCGGAUUUUCGAAGUGAUACAGGAAUCUAUUCCAUAUUAGAAAAAUAUGGGUUAAGUGAACCACAAGAAGUCUUUGAUAUUGAAGUUUUUCGAGAAGACCCAAGUGUUUUUUAUUCUUUUGCAUCUGAAUUGUUUCCUCCAGAGAAAUUUAAAAAUCUUUUUUAUUCUCCUACGCACGCUUUUAUAAAGCUAUUACAAGAUAAAGGAAAACUUUUAGUCCAAUAUACACAAAACGUUGAUAAUAUUGAAGAAGUAGUAGGUAUUAAAAAGCAAAAAUUAGUUCAAUGUCAUGGAUCAUUUAAAAAUGCAAUUUGUAUUAUAUGUGGACAUAUGGUUUCUGGUGAAUCUAUUCUUGAUAAUAUAUUAUUAAAAACAGUUCCUAAAUGUUUAAAAUGUUUAAAUAAUAAGAAAAAUAGAAGAGAAAAUGAAAAUGAUUAUGAAAUAAAUCCAGGAGUUUUAAAGCCAAAUAUUACAUUUUUUGGAGAAAAAUUGCCAAAGUCAUUUAGUGAUAGAAUAGAAAAGGAUAUAUAUUCAUGUGAUUUAGUUAUUUGUAUUGGUACAUCUUUGAAAGUUGCUCCUGUUUCAAAAAUUAUAAAUACCAUUCCUUCAAAUAUACCUCAAAUAUAUAUAUCUAGGGAAUCAGUUAAGCAUAUCGCAUUUGAUAUAACUUUACUUUCAAACUAUUGUGAUGAUAUUGUAGCUAAUCUGUGUAAUCGUUUGGAUUGGUAUGAAUUUUAUGAUAUUGCAAAACUUGGUCAUAAACAUGCUUUUAAUAGAAUGAUAAAUAACGCUAAAUUAACAUGGAAAAGAGAAUCAGAAUCAAUAUGGAGACUAGACAAAGAUACAUAAUAAUAAUUAUUUAAUAUUUCAAAUGUAUUUUAAUUUAUAAAAAGUA